UAUUGUACGUGAAUGCUGCAUCACAAAUGUUUUUGUUUUGUUUUAUAAUUUUUUCCUAAUUUAAAUUUCAGUCAAAUUAUGACGGAAAUAUCCCUCUGCAGACAGCUUGUGCGGUCCCAGACUGGAUAAAUCCAUUUUGUACACUUUUAUUGGAGUAAAACCCUGGCAUUGAUGCUGGAGCGAGCUCACUACAGUGACAGUAUGUAGUGCGGUGCCCGCGCUCCGCACGUUUGAUGACGCUCCGCUGUAAACAUCACUGACGUGUUAGUCGCGUGAGGGAAUCUAUUAAACUUGGAAUUUGGCGAGCGACACUGUAUUCUUCACACCAACCUGCGCCUGCAAACCCAGCAACAUACGUCCACGCUGAGAUGGCAAGAAAAUCCCAAGUCCCGUCUGCGUAUUAUGGUGAACCUCGCAAGUUUGACCCAACAUUUAGAGGGCCAGUUUAUAACAGAGGCUGCACAGAUGUGCUGUGCUGUGUGCUCUUCGUCAUUGUCAUCCUCGGCUACAUUGCACUAGGCACUGUGGCAUGGAUUCAUGGAGACCCAAGGAAAGUCAUUUACCCCACGGACAGCACGGGUCAGUUCUGUGGGCAGAAGGGCACACCCAAUGCAAAGAAAGCCAUAUUAUUCUACUUCAACAUACUGAAAUGUGCCAGUCCUGCUGUCCUGAUAAACCUCCAGUGCCCUACUACUCAGAUGUGUGUUUCCAAGUGCCCAGAUCGAUUUGCAACGUACACAGAUAUGCAGCUCCAUUACAGAUUCAACAAGAGCCACUGGGAUUAUUAUAAACAGUUCUGCAAGCCAGGCUUCAAUAACCCCAAAAAGUCUGUGGCACAAGUGCUGCGAGAUGAGGACUGUCCAUCAAUGAUAGUGCCAAGCCGACCAUUUUUACAGCGCUGCUUCCCAGACUUCAUCACCAGAAAUGGCACCCUAACAGUCGCUAACAAAACAGCUUUCAAAGAUGCACUGGACACAGCCAGAAGUGUGACUGAACUUAGAGAUGCAGCCAAUGGCAUUACAAGUAUCCAUGAGGCCAAAGAGGUGGGAAUGAAGAUUGUGGAGGAUUAUGCCAGUUGUUGGUACUGGAUAGUGAUAGGGCUGGUCAUUGCGCUGGUCAUCAGUCUGAUCUUCAUCUUGCUGCUGCGAUUCACCGCAGGCUUCCUCCUCUGGUUCAUCAUCAUCGCUGUUAUCCUGCUCGUGGCCUACGGUAUCUGGCACUGUUACUGGGAGUUCACCGUUCUCAGACAGACCCCCGGAGCGGACGUCACUAUCUCUGACAUCGGCUUUCAGACUGACCUCCAUGUCUACUUACAGCUCAGUCAGACAUGGCUAGUCUUCAUGGUGACUCUGGGUUUGACUGAAGUCUCCAUAGUCUUAAUACUCAUAUUCCUGAGAAAGCGGGUUCGCAUUGCUAUCGCUCUGCUCAGAGAGGGCAGCAGGGCCAUCAGUUACAUCAUGUCCGCUCUGUUCUACCCCAUCAUCACCUUUAUGCUGCUGGCCGUCUGUAUCGCCUACUGGGCCAUGACUGCACUCUUUCUUGCAUCUUCUGGUGAUCCUGUUUACAAAGUCACAUCAGUUCAUCCCAACUGCAAGUACGCCAACCAAACCUGCAGUCCUGAGAGCUUCAACAGGACCAACAUCACCAAGCAGUGUCCAGGUGCUCAGUGUCUUUUUGCUUUUUACGGGGGUGAGAGCUUGUACCAUCGCUACAUCUUCAUCCUCCAGCUCUGUAAUCUGUUGGUCUUCCUCUGGCUGGUUAAUUUCACUAUUGCUCUGGGACAGUGCACCAUCGCUGGAGCUUUCGCCUCCUAUUACUGGGCCCGGAGGAAGCCCGCAGACAUCCCCCCCUGCCCAGUGUUCUCCUCUUUUUCCAGAGCCAUACGGUAUCACACAGGGUCUCUUGCUUUUGGCUCUCUCAUCCUAGCGGUGGUUCAACUCAUUCGAGUCAUUUUGGAGUAUCUGGACCACAAACUUAAAGGAGCUCACAAUGUGUUUGCGCGAUUCCUGCUCUGCUGUCUGAAGUGCUGCUUCUGGUGUCUGGAGCAAUUUAUACGCUUUAUGAACAGGAAUGCUUAUAUAAUGAUUGCUAUUUAUGGAAAGAACUUUUGCACAUCAGCGCGGGAGGCGUUCUAUUUAUUGAUGAGGAAUGUAGUGAGGGUGGCAGUGUUGGACAAAGUCACCGACUUCUUGCUCUUCCUGGGGAAACUAUUGAUAGCAGGGAGUGUUGGUGUUAUUGCCUUCCUCCUCCUUACACGCAAGAUACCCAUCAUCCAAGAGGAGGUUCCCGUGUUGAAUUACUACUGCGUGCCUCUCUUGACAGUAAUAUUGGGUUCAUACUUAAUUGCGCACAGCUUCUUCAGCGUCUAUGCAAUGUGUGUGGACACCUUGUUCCUUUGUUUCUGCGAAGACUUGGAGAGAAAUGACGGGACAACAGCCAAGCCUUUCCUCAUGUCUCCUGGCCUGAAAAGAAUUCUGGGAAGGGCCGAGCAGAGCCCUAAAAAGUCACGCGGAUAAAACCCUCUGAAUCUAUGAGAAUACCUUUAUCCGACUUACAGUACAUACUUAGCAUGCAUUAACUUACAGUAUAUUAAUAUCUAAAGUGGACUACAUUUUGUAAUGGGAGCUGAGGACUAUGGGAAGUGACGUGACCAUCCACCUCAAGAAAAGACCAAAGACUCUCUCUGCACUGUAACAGCAACUAACCCAGGACACAGAGCUUUGGCCUUUCUGACACAGACCCUACACUGCAUAUUAACAUGUUUGCCUCUUACUGCUGACUGCUGCCUUAUUCUGGGAAAAUGAUUACUGACAUUUAAAAAGCUGCCUGAGAUUGGACACCUUGAGAAAAGAAGCCCAACUUGAGAGUUAACGUUUGCUAUUUCAGCGUAAAUCCGAACGACCGAUUCAUUGAAUACAGUUUUCUUUUCUCACGUACGAUUAGAGCUGGUUUUACAGCUAAAACAAAUCCCAAUCUGAGAUUAAAAUGGUUUUCAUACAAUUCCUGCAGGAAAAACAAUGCACAUAUUGUUAUACAGAAUCACAUUUGACAUUUAAACAUCAAAAUACUUCAUAUUAAGCAUUUAUAUUUAACAUUCUAAAAAAAAUAUUUUGCUUAAUGAUUAUGUAAAUCCUAUUUAAUAACCUACAGCUGUAUAUUGAAGGAAUAUUUUUCAGGCUUAAUUUAAGUUAAACUCAAUCCACUGCCUUUGUGGCAUAAUGUUUAUGACAACAAAAAUAAUUUCGACUUGUCCCUCAUUUUCUUUAGUAAAAAAGGCAAAAAUCUAAGUUACUUCACAGUGAGGCAUUUAUAGUGAAAGUGAAUGGGCCCAUUUUUGGAGUAUUUGUAAAGCUUAAAAGCUAAUAGUAAUUAUUCUGUUGUAAUAUAUGAUCAUUUUUCUGUCAUUUAAGGGUUUAUAGCAUUGUAUAUACAGUUUUUGCACUCUGAAAUGAUGUUAACACGUCUUGUACACUCUGUAACCCAGAUUUUGGCUUUUUUUUUUUUUUUAAAAAAAGGAGGGACAGGUGGACAUUUAAUUUUUGUUAUUAUAUCAACAUUGUCACAAAUGCUGUCGAUUUCAGCAUUGCAGUUGUGAUGGAGUGCAAAGAUAUUUCCUGUAUUACAGUAGCUCAACUGCAGAUCAGAUGGACAAAACACUGCUAUGUAUAAAAACUAGGGCUGCAUCCGAAAUCGCAUACUUCCCUACUAUAUAGUAGGUGAAAAACAGUAUAUGACAAAAGAAGUAUGUCCGAAUUCACAUUACUCAUAAAAGGGAAUAGGCAAAAAGUAGCUAGAUGAUCUAUUAUCUCUGGCGAGAUUCUGAAGUGUGCAUAUGAUGGACACUUUACUCUCCCAUGAGGCCAUGGGAGAGGAUUUGUGAAUGGCAAUGCAACUAAAGCUGGUAGGUCACAUGAUAAUGACAUGACGAAUGUAGUAUUUCCAGAUUACAAUCAUACUAUACACAUUUAUACUAGAACAUAAUGUUUAAGCACUUAUGAAGUAACUUAUUCAAAACAAGUACCUACUCAAGAGAGUAUGGAUGUCGGACGCAGCCUAGGAAUCUCUUAAACCAAGUAUGCAUCCGUUAUAUUAAGGCAGCAUUCUUUGAGCUCUAGGUGUUCGGUUUGGUUUUCUUUAAACCCUUACCAUUGAAUUUAAAGAGAAAUGUACAGUUAAUGUAACAAUUCUACAGUCUUCCAGAUCAGUUCGAUAAUAUUUUCGGUUCAAUGAAACGUUCCUCUGAAUAUGAAGCACAGAGGUAUUCAUUAAAAUUUAAUGGCGAGAAUUACUGAACGUCUCUUACAUUGUCGUGACAAAAUGCAAACAGUGGUUUAUUUACAUGUAAAUAAUGAACACAUCACUACUGUAUGUGUGCUGUGCCACUUUAUUUGGGACUCAUGAAUGCAUGUCAGUUUUUCCCCCUGCUCAAAAUACUUUAACGUGAGGUUUAAAAGACUUUAAAAAGUACUCUAUACCUGAAAUCAGCAAAGGGCUUUCAUAGCAUUUUCUUUUCUGUGUAGUUGAAGUGAUUGUGAGUUAUCUGGCUUGCAGAAGGACAGUCACUGUAGACAAAGUACGUUUCUAAAUGCUUCCUUCAGGAUCGGCGAGUGAGAUGGAGUGAAGAAUAAGCACUUCACCUCCAGUAACAAUUUAUUUCCUGGAGAAGCUUAAAGAACCAAACCAUUGUUGUUUUUGUAGGUCCACUUUAAGGAUCUUUUUGAGAAUAAUUGGAAAUAUAAAAGAACUGUCCUUCUCAAAGAAGUCAUUUAGGUUUAUUUGUACUGUGAGAUACAAGAUUUAAGUGCUAUCGUUUUAUAAUCCUAGAUUAAAACACUUUUGUAAUGUUGUAGGAGUGGGUAUUUAUUGUAUUUGUACUUUUGUACCACAAAAUGGAAUUGUGAUUUUUAUAUUUAAAUGAAUAAAAUUAUUUAAAACA